CUAUUUCCUCUUCUCUCGCCAACAAACCCAAACACUCUGCUUCUCUCUCUACAAUCACUCAUGGAUUCUCCUCCUCUCUCCUCCGUUAUCAUCAUCGGCGCCGGCAUCUCCGGUUUGUCGGCGGCGAAAGAAUUGGCGGAGAAUGGAAUAGAGGACGUGGUUAUAUUAGAAGCGUCGGAUCGUAUCGGAGGAAGAGUAAGGAAAGAAAGUUUCGGCGGCGUAUCGGUUGAGUUAGGCGCUGGUUGGAUUGCUGGCGUUGGCGGUAAAGAAUCGAAUCCUGUCUGGGAACUUGCGAAUCAAUCCGGUCUUCGAACUUGUUUCUCGGAUUAUAGCAAUGCUCGUUAUAAUAUUUAUGAUCGCAGUGGGAAGAUAUUUCCAAGUGGAGUAGCGGCAGAUUCUUACAAAAAAGCGGUGGAUUCCGCCAUUAUGAAUUUGAGAAGCCAAGAGGCAAACCAAGUUGAUGAAGUAAUUGAACCGCCAUGCUCGCCAAAGACACCAAUAGAGCUAGCCAUUGACUUCAUUCUUCAUGAUUUUGAGAUGGCAGAGGUAGAGCCAAUAUCAACGUAUGUUGAUUUUGGGGAGAGAGAGUUCCUAGUUGCAGAUGAGAGAGGGUAUGAGUAUUUACUGUACAAGAUAGCUGAAGAUUUUCUUUUUAACUCUGAGGGUAAAAUUUUGGACACUCGUCUCAAACUUAACAAGGUUGUUAGGGAAAUACAGCACUCGAGAAAUGGUGUUAUGGUGAAAACUGAGGAUGGUUGCGUCUACGAAGCCAAUUAUGUGAUUUUGUCAGCUAGUAUUGGUGUUCUCCAAAGUGAUCUCAUUUCUUUUAGACCUCCUUUGCCCAGGUGGAAAACAGAGGCAAUACAGAAAUGUGAUGUGAUGGUAUACACAAAGAUUUUUCUCAAGUUUCCAUAUAAAUUUUGGCCUUGCUGUCCUGACAAAGAAUUCUUUAUCUAUGCCCAUGAGCGUAGAGGAUACUACACAUUCUGGCAGCACAUGGAAAAUGCAUACCCUGGUUCAAAUAUUCUUGUUGUAACGUUGACCAAUGGCGAAUCGAAACGUGUUGAGUCACAAUCUGACCAGGAAACAUUAAAAGAAGCUAUGGAAGUGCUUAGGGACAUGUUUGGGCCCAAUAUACCAAUCGCCAUGGAUAUUCUUGUGCCCCGCUGGUGGAACAACAGGUUCCAGCGUGGCAGCUACAGUAAUUACCCAAUCAUUUCCAAUAAUCAAGUUCUUUAUGAUAUUAGAGCUCCAGUAGGUUGCAUUUUCUUUACUGGUGAACAUACUAGUGAAAGAUUUAACGGUUACGUCCAUGGUGGAUACCUUUCAGGAAUCGACACGAGCAAAUCACUAUUACGAGAAAUAAAAGAAGAAAAGGAAAGAAAAAGUGAGAAUCAAACAUUUUUGCUGGAGCCAUUACUAGCAUUGACAGGAUCAUUAACUUUGACACAAACAGACGCAGUAUCUAAUCUACAUAAAUGUGACAUUCCUACACAAUUAUAUCUUAGUGGCAAGCUUGGUAUUUCUGAAGCUAUAUUAUGACUAUAUGAUGAUGAUAAUUUGAUCAAUGAGAUUCAUGGUAACAAUGGGUCUGAAAUUAAAUUCUAUUCAGACCCUUAAUGCAAUGGGUUUGAACUCAAUUUCGGGUUUGAACUCAAUUCCGGUUCAGACUACUAAUUCCAUUCAGAAAAUGGAGUAAGGCAAGCAGAAAAACAAGCGGCAGCGGCAGGAAAAUGAUGCUGGAAGGAAAAUUUUGGAGGGAAUUGUUUUAUGUGUUUGGGGAUUUCUUGGCUUAGACUGUAACCAUAUUUAUCAUGUAUUCAACCAAUCAUAUGUUAGAAAGUGAAAAUCUGUCAUUCUUUUAACAUCUGAUUGAUUGGAUAAAGGUAUGGACCCGGUGUAGGUAAGAAUUUUCAAUUUGAUUGUGCUUUGAUGUAGGAAAAAAAUAGGUGAAAUGAGAAAAGAUAGUGUUAUGGGAGGUAUAAUCUUGAGGUCUAAUUGUACUCUUUACUUGUUUAUAAAAGAAACAAUGUUAACCUAAUAUAUUUAUUUUUCAAUUGGUUCUUUU